AUGAACUGGUCAGAUUGUAAGCCAAUACCCCUCUGGCUCCUUACUACGCCACUAACAUUAGUAAGGUAUUUCGAGGAGAUUCAUCCAGCUUUCCCUCUCCUCGAUGAACAACUAUUCAUGGAGUUAUAUAAAGCUGGCGACAAGCUGUCACCAGUCCUAGUCUGCUAUUUCUUUUCCGUGUCCUUAAUCCUCUGGCAUCAUUCGCCUGUACUCAGGCAAUUUCCCAAGCCGGACGUAUAUUUUAUUUGGAACCUGGCUGUGGAGGCUUUGCAGCAGGACUUCCUAGCCCCUGCGUUAUCGACCAUGUACUCGGUGUUAUUGGACAUGGGCGGGCGACCUAUCUAUUCCAUGCUCGUGAACACAAUCAACAAUGGCCGGGCGGUUACCCUAGCUCAGACUCUAGGGCUAAACCGUGACCCGACUAAUUGGAGACGGCCCAAGAGCGAAAAGUCGCUGCGCAUUCGCCUCUGGUGGGCAGUCGUCAUUCAUGACCGCUGGUCAAGUUUUGCCCAUGGUAUCAGUCCAACCAUAACCAAAUCUAGAUACGACGUGCCCAUACCGAUGCUGGAGGAUAUAAUCACAGAUUCAAACCAGUCGGAUACACGCAUCAAAGCUGCCAACUCGUUCAUCCAUCUUUGCACCCUCACAGAAAUCCUAGGAGAAGUCUUACCACUAGUCUACGACCUAACUUUCAACCCAGAGGAGACCUGGAAGCAGAUCCGCCGUCUCGAAACAAACCUAGACGACUGGGAAGAUCGUCUGCCGAGCUACCUCCGCCGAGAUAAUAACGAAAAUCCAAGAGUAUCUGGAUCGAGCAGUCUCCAACUCAGUUAUCUUGCCGUCCGAUUACUGCUGAAGCGAAUCUCUUUACAUACAUCGACCGUCUCCAAUCAACCCGCUACCACCUCUCCCAACUGCGUAAAUCCGCCCAAGAAAUUGUAA